AUGGCUGACGUGCGUGGUGUAUCGGCGUUGCAAGACGAGUUAGAGAAAGCCAAGGAAAGCUUGAAAGAUGUAGACGAUAGCAUAAAGAAACUUACAGGGAGAGACCCAACGGAACCAAGACCCUCAACAAGACGUGUAACAGCUGUUGCUGAUGGCAGGGGUAGGGAGCGCUUACUGCUUCAAGCAAGGUGGGGCCCAGAUGAGGAACAACAAGCUAAGAGAAGAAUUGCCGGAGGUGCUUUCUCAAGGCUUGGUCCAAUGCAUAGGAUGAUAGGCAGAGGACGUCCACCAAGAGGACGGGAUAGUGGGGAUGAAGAUGAUCUUCCCAACAAGCCCACUAUCCAGUCCUCAGUUGUUGCUACCCCUAAAGAAUCCAGGACACGCCAAUCCAGCAUUGAGGAACAGAGUUCAGACCGAAAGGGCACCGCCAGAAAUAGAAGAAUGUUUGGCUUACUCUUGGGAACAUUGAGAAAAUUCAAAGAUGAAGCCAAGGAAACUGAAGAUAAGGAAGUUCAAAGAAAACAGAUUGAACAAAAGUUGGAAGAAAAAGCCAUUUCAGAGAAGGAGGAUCUUCUCAGAGAACGUCAUCAGCUUUUCUUGGAACGAAAACAACAACAGGCCAAAAUUCGUCGUCUAGAAUACAAAAUGGAACUUAUUGAAAUACAUGAUGCCUGGGAAAAGGAGACACGCAAGUUAGAAAAAUUUAUUCACACCAAAGCCAAACCACACAUAUUUUAUCUUCCAAAAACUAUGGAUGCUGUAUUAGAAGGAAAGAGAAAAGAGACUGCUAAAUAUGUGGAUGACAUGAUUGAAGAGCGAAGGAGGAAACUGCAGAUUGAGAUUGAAGACCUGAUGGCCAAGGACCUGCCAGGUGGAAAAGUUGACAUGGAAGGCGAAGAGGACGAAGGGGCCAUGGAGGGGGAUAGAAACACAGAUAAGGAAAACAGGCGUAGGAAAUCUAGUGGGGAAAGGGUAGACUUGCGUAGGCAGCUAGAUCAGAGGGAUAAACAUAGAGGGGGUAGGGAUGGGGAGACACCAAGAAAACGCAGGAAGUCUGAUAGUGUAACUGAGGAAGACCGACACAAUAGGGCAGGUAAGCACCGAAGGAGAAGUAAGGAAGAAGGGGAUAGGUCAGGGGGCAGGAGAGACAGUCAUAAGACAGGGGCACCAAGAAGGGACGACAGGGCAAAGGAUCGUGCUGAACCCAGGGUGGAAAUCAGUUACAAUGAUGAGGAAGAAGAGGAGGAGGAAGGAGAACUCCGAACUGAAUCUAGCAACAACACUGGUAGUAAUAGUAUGGUAGUUAAAGAUAAACGAACAGUAGAGCAGACAGAUACUUCAGUGAAGCCAGACAAGAUGGACACUGGGGAAACACAAGUUGAAAUGGCCAAGAGCACAAAACAGUCUCGAGCUAUGAUGGCAGAAGAUGAGGAGGAGGAAGGAGAGGAAGGAGAAGUGCAUGAUGCUGUGGAUGAAUGAUAUCUGGGAAGGGGCAGCUCAUAUAUAAAUAUAUGUAUAUGGCCUAUAAGAUUUAUAGUACUUUUCAGUAAAAGGGUUGGGCAAUUGUUUGUCUUGGCUGAAACUGGGGAGAAACAUGUCUAAGAGAAAAUUGUUGUCCAAGAAACAGGGGAGGGAGGGAGGUAGCUAUGUAACAGCUAUACAGUGGAUACUUCAUUAAAUAUAAGAUAUUGAAUAUAAAUCUGUUGAAGGAAAUUGUUUGAAUUUAAAAAAGUGAUUGGGAUGAAAAAUAGGGAUGGGAAUAGUUCUUCAUAGUAGAUACAUAUUGGUAUCAGUGUCAUGUAUAUAGAGAAGAGUUUAUUGAUUCAAUGAUGGGUGCCAUUUUAGGCCUUCUGGUGGCUAUCACGGAUAAGUUUGAUUUUAAGUAUAUGAAUACUUGUGAUUACGCCGUCAUGACAUGAUUUGAAAUUAAAGCUCAGUUAUAGACCUUUCUGAGUUAUGGGGGAGUAGUGGGGGUGUGUCAAAUUCAUAAUUGCUCAUAAUCAUAAUUUACCAUCAAAAUCAUAAAGAAAGCUUAAAAUGUUACGUAGUUAUGAAACUACAUAAUGAUGUUUUAAGCUUUCUUUAUAAUUUGGAUGCUUUGUGACAUUCAAAAGCUGUAGAAAAUAAAACAUCUGAAAGAUUUAGCCCAUAGACAAAAAAAGUGUACUAUAAUUUCCUGUCAGAUCAUGGUGGUUUACGCUGAAGGUAUUCAUGCCCAAAAAAAUACACUUGUCAGUGAUAGCCACCAGAAGGUCUGAAUUGGCAUCCAUCUUUUGACAUUGUUUGUAAUAAUCCAGUGCAAUACACUUGUGUAUUGUGUUAAUAGCAUUUCCACAUAAUCAUUUGUGUUGACAAAUUUCAAGUUUCAGUUUUGAAAAGGACAUAAAUGUUUUGUGCAUUCUUGACAAGAUUUGUGGUCUCACAUGACUGCUAUAUAAGCUUUUUCAAUCGAAAAAUGUUUUAAUUUCCUGAUUUCAUUUUAAGAAAACUAACAAGUUUUUUUUCCCAUUGAUUUACAU